UCACGAAUGGAAGCCUUCCAGCAGGAUCUUCAGUCUGCAACUGAUAAUGGCACAGGUCCUGCCGACAAACUCAGUAGAGAAUUCUACUCAUUCAAAGCCUUUGUUGUAAGUUCUCUUCAAACUUUACAAUCACAAGUGCAAAUGCUGCAUGAUCUGAAUGAUCAUAUGGAGAUGAGAAGUCGAAGAAAAAUUCUAUUACUUCAUGGUGUACCAGAAGGCAGCAGUGAUGUUCUUGUUUCUAAACAUUGUAAUAGACUUGGUAAGCAAAACAAAGAUAAGCCCAGACCUAUACUGGUAAAGUUCAAGGAGAUGUCAUCCCGCUCCAAGAUUUGGAAUUUGAAAACCAACUUAAAGCAAACGGGUAUUACAAUGUCAGAGUUUUUAACCAGAAGACGUCAUCAAAUAUUUGUUUCUGCCCGUCAACAUCUUGGUGUCAAUAAGUGCUGGACAAAGGACGAUAAAAUUUUUGCUAUUGGUCCUGAAGGCUCCAGACAUCAUAUUCAGAACAUGGCUGACCUCGAGGCUAUAAAGAAUAUUGCUCCAGUUCCAGUGCCAAAUAGCCAGAUAGCACCUCAAUCUCAAGCCGGGCCUGUGUCGACGGUGUCGGUGUCGGUGUCGGUGUCGGUGUCGGUGUCGGUGUCGGUGUCAGUGUCGGUGUCGGUGUCUCCACUUUUCGCUAGUGUCCCUAGCUCGUCAGUGUCUCCACUUUUUGCUAGUGUCCCUAACUCGUCAGUGUCUCCACUUUUCGCUAGUGUCCCUAGCUCGUCGGUGCUCUAG